CUUGAAGCUUCAUAUAUAUAAGACCUCAGCUAGGCUGCUAUUGUUGAUAAGCGUAAGUCGUAACUAAGCAACUCGUACUUCGCUUUCACGACCGGAAAUCACUGCUAAAACGGUACCGUCUUAAGCUUCACCGGUGACAGUGCCUAUUAUUACUACGUUUUGGGAUCUCGAGUUAACAAAAAAAAAAAAAGAGAGAGAGAGAGAGAGAGAAGGAAAGGUUAAGCCUUUUUGUGGAUCCGAAUCAAAAGGGUUCUACUUUUUUUUCACCCCCAUAUAAUCUCUGAUUAAUAAUUUUCAGUUCAAAAAAAUGGGUGUGAAAGUUGCUACAACAUGUUUGCAAUGGACUACUCAACCUUUUGUUCCUCACUCACCUUCUUCUUCUCAAACAUUUGCUUCACCAAUUUCUUCAAAAAAACGUAGUAUUAGUAACAAAGGGUCUCUUAUUUGCCGUUAUGUUCAUAGGCUUGACCAAUCUGCUCUUUUGGAUACCCAAUCAUUGAACCUAUACAGAUCUAAAUCUUGUGACAUACCCAAACCAAGAACUAGAACUAUUAGAAGGGCUAAUAGUACUAGUGCCAGCUUAGAUUCAUUUUCAGAUGAAGAAUUUUCUAAGGAAAUUCAAGAAUUGGCCUUGAAAUUCCAAUUCUCAGACGUCGAAAAUCCCAGUACAACAAGGUCUCAGCGCGAAGUUAUUGAAAGUGUUAGCAGUGAUGGUGGUCAUGAUAUUAAGUUUUUGGAGAACCAAAGGCCAUUUGAUCCACUAGAACAACCUGAUUGGCCUGAAAGAGACGAGAUAAUUCCUGCUAAUAUCGAAUGGAAGGCGAAUAGUGUGGAUCUUCCUUUUUCUCUUAGGAUUAUAAAGAGAAAAAAACAAUGGCAAGAUGGGAUUAGAGAAGCAGGAGAAUCAGCCUACUGUUCUGUGAAAAAAGCGUUUUCGAAUAUGGUGUUCAUAAUAAGGGAACUGCAAAGCUAUACUUUGCAGAUGAGGGAAAUGUUGUUUUAUGAAGAUCUACAAGGGAUAUUAGUGAGAGUACAAAAGGAAAUGCAUGCAUCUUUUGUGUGGUUAUUCCAGCAAGUAUUUUCACAUACACCAACUUUAAUGGUAUAUGUGAUGAUACUGCUUGCAAAUUAUAGUGUUCAUUCUAUGGCAAGUAGUUUUGCUAUUGCUGCCACACCACCACCACUUACCGAAAGUGUUUCAACUUUAGAUGAGAGUAAUUUGAACCAAAGAUUUGAUUCUUCAACACUUAAGACAUUUUCAGUGUCAUCUUCUUCAAGUGGGAAAACUACUUCUAUUGGUGGAAACAAUGGAGGUGGUGGGACUUACAAGCCAAUUGCUAGUGGAAACGAUGGCGAUGGGACGUUCGACAGACGUAUGUUAACCAAUGGGAUUUCUUCAAUUGGGAGCAGUAGGGUCAGUGAAGAAGAGUGUGUAUCUGGUCAAGAAACAAGGGAAGAAGAGUUGCAGAUUUGGAAUUCAAUUGUACAUGAGGCUUCAAAGAUGCAAGCUUCAAUGAGAGAUGAAGCCUUGGAUCAUGAAACCAUGCAGAGAUUUGUGUCACCAAUACAUGCAAAUAUUGAAGUUGAUGAUUAUGCUGAUUAUUUCAGAACAGAGUUGCUGUAUCAAAUGGGACUAACUCAAGAACCUCAAAAUACUCUUUUGUUAGCCAAUUAUGCUCAGUUUCUUUUCUUGGUAGCUCAAGAUUAUGACAGAGCAGAGGAGUACUUCAAGAAAGCAGCAGAGGUGGAGCCAAAGGAUGCAGAGGCAUUGAAUAAGUAUGCAACUUUUCUAUGGCAAGUAAGGAAGGACCUUUGGGCUGCAGAAGAGACUUAUCUUGAAGCCCUAGCUGCAGAACCAGACAACUCAUUUUAUGCAGCUAAUUAUGCUAAUUUUCUAUGGAAUACUGGUGGUGAAGAUACUUGUUUCCCACUCGACUCCCCUGAUACUGAUAUUUAAUCCCAAAAACCCAUAAAAGAAAAGAAAAGAAAGAUGAUUGAUUAAAGAGAAAAAUGAAGGUGUAGGACAAAAUAACAGCAUAAGAGAAAAAAAUAAAGGGAUAGCAAGAAGGGUUAUGCCCAAGAUAAUUUUGGUUUGCAACAUGUGAACUGCUCUCUUGGAAUUUCCCUUUUGUUUGUUAAUUGCUGGACAGUGGUGUUGUGGAGACAAGGAAGAGCAAGUAGGGUGACGUGGAGUUGUUAAUUAACAACCAUCCCUUUGGCCUUAUUUUCCUACUACUUUCUAGUAGUAAUAUGAUGAUACAGCUCCUCUUGAGGUGUAAAUUCAGCAAGUCUUUUCUUUAGAUCAGAGAAAAGUCAGAGGGUCUUGCUUGGGAUCUUUUCUGUUUUCUUUAACAGUUUUUCCUCUCUCUCUCUCUCUCUCUGUUUUUUUUUUUUUUUUUUAUAGUUCACAUGGCCAAAUUGUAAUUAAACUUUUGUUAAUAGAUAAUUGCAAUUUUUUUUUUUUGUAACUUCUGUAGCUUGCUGAAUAACAUCAUGCAAUGGUUUUGGUCUUA